CGAAAGGCGCCAUUUGCUUCUUGGACUCUAGCGGUGAAUGACAAUAAAACUGAGCUCGCGCACAAAAAAAAAAAACCCGAAAGCUCUCAAAUAAAAACAAAAUAAAAAUAAAACCGGUUCAUCUUCAUGGACGCGGCGGUCAACCCGUCUAUUGACAGCAGGUCUGUCAUGACGGGCGCCAUGGAGUCGAGCGCGGCCAAUCCGGGCAAACGCAUCCGCAAACCCUCUCUACUGUACGAGGGCUUCGAGGGCCCCGGCUUGCCGCUCGCACCCACACCUGUAGCGGGCUCUCUGCCCUCGCAGCACCUCCCGGUGAAGGACCCAAGCCGCCAGGGCCGCGUUACCAACCAGCUGCAGUACCUCCAGAAGGUGAUGGCGAAGGCGCUGUGGCGUCACCACUUCGCCUGGCCUUUUCAUGAGCCUGUGGAUGCCGUCCGCCUCAACCUCCCCGACUACCACAAGAUCAUCAAGCAGCCCAUGGACAUGGGCACCAUCAAGAAACGGCUGGAGAACAACUACUACCGCAGCGCCAGCGAGUGCAUCCAGGACUUCAACACCAUGUUUACUAACUGCUACAUCUACAACAAGCCCACUGAUGACAUCGUGCUGAUGGCCCAGUCUCUGGAGAAGGUCUUUCUGCAGAAGGUGGCUCAGAUGCCCCAGGAGGAGAUCGAGUUGCCCCCUCCUGCACCCAGGGGCCGAGCGAUCAAGACCGCCAAAUCCCGGCGGGGAAGAGGAGGUGGUCUGGGUGCAGCUCAGCAGGUCCCGGCUGUGUCCCAAUCCGCCUACUCGCCCUCUUCUCCCGACACCCCGGACUCCAUGUUUUCCGGCUCUCCUCACAUGAUGCUCAGUAAACCCGGCCCUCCUCCUUCUCCUCUUCCUCUUCCUCCUCCUCCCCCUCCCCUCAUGACUCUGCCCCCAACACAGCCCACCGCUAAGAAGAAAGGCGUGAAGCGUAAAGCGGACACCACCACCCCGAGCACCACGGGUUUCCCCGUGCCCCCUGCAGGCCGUGCUAUAGGUAUGGGUAAGGGUCGUGGCGCGCUCUCGCUCUCGCCCGUACCCAGCCUGACGUGUGGCAUGGGCGUGAGCGAGCCCGUGCACCUGCAGCCCGUCAUGGGCCGAUCCGUGCCACGGCGUCCCAUCAAACCCCCGCGCAAAGACCUGCCCGAGCUGGCGAGGCCGAAAAGCGCACCGCGGCACCGCACCAAGCUGAGCGGCCAGCUGCGCUACUGCAGCUCCAUCCUGAAAGAGCUGCUGAGUAAGAAGCACGCGGCCUACGCCUGGCCCUUCUACAAACCCGUCGACGCGUCGCUGCUCGGCCUGCACGACUACCACCUCAUCAUCAAACACCCCAUGGACCUCAGCACCAUCAAGAGGAAAAUGGACGAGCGGGAGUACAGGGACGCUCAGGAGUUUAGUGCUGAUGUGAGGCUCAUGUUCUCCAACUGCUAUAAGUACAAUCCACCUGAGCACGACGUGGUAGCCAUGGCACGCAGACUGCAGGACGUGUUCGAGUUCCGUUUCGCGAAGAUGCCUGAUGAGGUCCUGGAGGAAGAGGAGGAGGAAGAAGGCUUGACGCCGACCUCUCUGGGUCGUAACGUGGGCAUUAUGGGAUUGCAGCACUCCUCCUCGUCCUCGUCAUCCUCUUCAUCUUCGUCAUCCUCGUCGUCUCCGUCGUCUUCGUCCGAAAGCGAGCCGAGCAGCGACAGCGAGCCGAGCAGCGAGAGCAGCCCAAGCUCGGACAGCGAGGAGGAGAGAGCACAGCGCCUGGCCCAGCUACAGGACCAAGUGUGCACUCAGCUGCGGGCGGUGCACGAGCAGUUAGCCGCGCUCUCGUCCGGCCCCAUCAUCAAACCCAAGAAGAAGCGCGAGAAGAAGAAGGACAAGAAGAAGAAGAAGAAGCCGGAGAAGCGCAAAGGCGGCCGGAGCAACGAGAGGGAGAGGGAGAAAGUCACCAAAGUGACCAAGAGCAAAUCCAGCAAAAUGGCGUCCAUGUCCACUCAGAACAAGAAAGCUCCUGCCAAGAAGAACAGCAAGAGCAACAAGACGACCAAGAAGACGUCUUUGGCGGCCGCGGCGCGCUUCACGGCUCCUCCCCCGCCGAUACCGCAGUACGACUCUGAGGAGGAAGAGGACGGUCUGCCUAUGAGCUACGACGCCAAGCGCCAGCUCAGCCUCGACAUCAACAAGCUGCCGGGAGACAAGCUGGGCCGCGUCGUGCACAUCAUCCAGUCCCGCGAGCCCUCGCUGCGCGACACCAACCCCGAGGAGAUCGAGAUCGACUUCGAGACGCUCAAACCGUCUACGCUGCGCGAGCUCGAGAGCUACGUCACCAGCUGCCUGCGCAAAAAGCCACGGAAACCUUACGUGAUGAAGCCGGCCGGUGGGAAGUCUCGUGAGGAACUGGCUUUGGAGAAGAGAAGGGAGCUGGAGAGAAGGCUGCAGGAUGUUAGUGGCCAACUCAACUCUGUCAAAAAGCCCCAGAAACCCAAAGCGGAGAAGGCCAGCGUGAGCGCAGAGCCACACUCCAUGCCCGCUCGCCUCAGCGCCAGCAGCUCCAGCUCCGACUCGUCUUCGUCCUCAUCCGACUCCUCUUCCUCAGACACCAGUGACUCUGACUCCAGGUGAUCGCGCGGGUCACGAGCGCACCGCGACACCACAGCGGCGGGUCCUGAAAUCCCCGCAGGAUGAAUUCUGGGAGGACUGGUUCCUGUGUGGGGGUGAUCCAGAAAUCCAUAGAUGGAAAGACAGAAGGAGGGAGGGGGGAGGAAGAAGAAAGGAAAAAAAAAAUUAUAUAAUUAAAAAAGAAAGAGGAAAAAAAAAAGAUUCAAACUGUAUCAUCCCUAGGACACACUUUCAUGUGCAACGACAGAUUCCCAAAAGCGUGUUUCGAGACGUGUUUGUUAACGAUGUACAGACUGUGUUGGAUUAAUUUUUCUUUCAUAAAGAAGACUUUUAUAAACGUGCCCAUAGUGGGAGGUCAUGCGGACAUAGAAAACUGCGCUGGAGUCGAGGCGAGUCGAGUCGAGUCGGGGGUCAUACACGUGUUUCUUUCAUUCGUUUAGAGCUCGGUUUCCAAUUUGACGCCUACCUUCAGCUUAAAUCUUACAUCUUCCUUAAUUUGAAGCAAGCAAAGCAGUCGAACUCCACGUUCCAUAUAGAAUAUUAGAGCGGACGUUCCUCCGUGCUUGACAACUCAAACAGGAAGCGAGAUUCCGACAAAACGCCUGCGGACGAAAGACGAUCCGUGUUGAGCGUGCUGCUCGAGUUCGUUUUUUUUUUUGUUUGUUUGUUUUGCGUGUAAUGAUUAGCCAAAGGGAGGAAUAUCCAUCGUGAACUUGUAUAACUAGUACUCCUUUUACUCAGUGCGAUUAUUCGAGUGAGCAGUAAUGUCUUUUCAAAAAAAAAAAAAAAGAACUAGUUAAAGGUGUAGUCGGUGAUUUUUAGGUCGACGUUUGAGGUCUUAAAACUCCCGAGUUUAGCCGUGGCUUCGGAGGGAACGUCGGAGGCUUUGUUAGUUUGCGUUUCGAGAGCUUGCUUCGUAUUCCUAGCGCAAAAAUCUCGCUCCUCGCAUCUUUCUCACGUUUUCAAAGACAAAGUGAUGAGAAAGUGUUUUGGACUUGAAUCGCUCACCGCACCUUUUAAUUUCCAUAUAUAUAUAUAUAUAUAUAUAUAUAUAUAUAUAUAUAUAUAUAUUUCCCUUCUGUUUUGUUCAUUUUAAUGUUUUUACAUCAUCAAAUACAGGUUUAGAACGUCUCAAGCUGAAGUUUGUUAUAUUUGUCCCGCUGUCUUACCCGGACUCGUGUAGCGAGGACGAUACCGAGUGCACGCUAAUAAUAAUAAUAAGAAGAAGAAUCAUCAUCCCAGGUUAGCCUGACCUCGGUUUUACAGCGCUAACUGUUUUCCUUCUAGCGUUCAGUCAUCGCUAGCAUUUAUUGUGCUGCUUUAAGUCACUGAUUCAAAACCCAAAUCCAGUUUUGAAAACGUGACGUCUGAAGUUUGAGCUUUCUUUCAUUUGUCAGAUUUGAAAUGGUGAUUUUGUAAGGGGGGGGUGUCAGGAAAGAAGAGGGGGGGAAAAAAAGCAGGUGCAUGAAAACAAUGGAGCGAAUAUUGUAUAUAACCUCGGAUCGUUAUUCUACGCUUUCUUCUUUGUUUGUUUUUUUUUGUUGUUUUUUUUUUUUGUAUCAGAUUUCAUCGUUUUAACCAGGUUUUUUUUUUUUUCUUUUUUUUUUGAAUGUACGGAAUACCACCCGAUUGUUGUGAACCACGUAGCUGCACAGACGCAACAUUCCGUUCCUGCGAUAUUUAUAUUUAAAAAAACAAACAAAAAAAACAAACAAAAAAAAAGGUAUUUGAACUGUAUAUUUAGUUUGGUUUUAUUUGGGUGUGAAUACAUGUAUGCGAACUGA